AUGGACAAGUACAAUUCCCGGUGGGUCUCGUUCCACAUUCGAGACCACAUCAAAGAUGGCGAGAUCCUAGUACAGAACACUGUCAUUGAAGGUGGCGAAUUCAUCGACCCCAAUGACCGCCGCAAGUCACUCACUGAAGAGGAGAUCGACGAGAUCAAGAUCUCCCCCGAUGGUGUUGGUGAGAUCGGCGCUAGCGGACGUCGUGGUAGUGAGGGUCGCCUGGACUUAUUUCAUGACAAUGACAAGAUUUGCGAGCUCCACUGGGAAAAUCGUGGUGGAGAAUACGAAAACCUGGUUGAGGUGUUGGACAAGAGCGACAAGUACACUAUCCGACAUGGAGGAUGGAGUCAUGAGGCCGGUCCACUGGGACAUGUCUUUGUCGAUGUCGAGAAGCAAUGA